AUGAACACAAUCAUCAUCAUCACUAGAACCACACAGACCCAAUCAUCAUCAUCACUAGAACCACACAGACCCAGUCAUCAAACAAUAUUCUUACAUUGUGUACAAAUUCAUCCCAGUGUCUGUUAUUUAUUUGUGAUUGUCUGUAUACUACAUCCCAGUGUCUGUUAUUUAUUUGUGAUUGUCUGUAUACUACAUCCCAGUAGUGUCUGUUAUUUAUUUGUGAUUGUCUGUAUACUGCAUCCCAGUGUCUGUUAUUUACUUGUGAUUGUCUGUAUACUACAUCCCAGUGUCUGUCUAUUCUACAUCCCUCUACAUCCCAGUGUCUGUCUGUAUUCUACAUCCCAGUGUCUGUUAUUUAUUUGUGAUUGUCUGUAUACUACAUCCCAGUGUCUGUCUGUAUUCUACAUCCCAGUGUCUGUCUGUAUUCUACAUCCCAGUGUCUGUUAUUUAUUUGUGAUUGUCUGUAUACUACAUCCCAGUAGUGUCUGUUAUUUAUUUGUGAUUGUCUGUAUACUACAUCCCAGUAGUGUCUGUUAUUUAUUUGUGAUUGUCUGUAUACUACAUCCCAGUGUCUGUUAUUUAUUUGUGAUUGUCUGUAUACUACAUCCCAGUAGUGUCUGUUAUUUAUUUGUGAUUGUCUGUAUACUGCAUCCCAGUGUCUGUUAUUUACUUGUGAUUGUCUGUAUACUACAUCCCAGUGUCUGUUAUUUAUUUGUGAUUGUCUGUAUACUACAUCCCAGUGUCUGUUAUUUAUUUGUGAUUGUCUGUAUACUACAUCCCAGUAGUGUCUGUUAUUUAUUUGUGAUUGUCUGUAUUCUACAUCCCAGUAGUGUCUGUUAUUUACUUGUGAAUGUCUGUAUACUACAUCCCAGUGUCUGUUAUUUAUUUGUGAUUGUCUGUAUACUACAUCCCAGUAGUGUCUGUUAUUUAUUUGUGAUUGUCUGUAUUCUACAUCCCAGUAGUGUCUGUUAUUUACUUGUGAAUGUCUGUAUACUACAUCCCAGUGUCUGUUAUUUAUUUGUGAUUGUCUGUAUACUACAUCCCAGUAGUGUCUGUUAUUUACUUGUGAUUGUCUGUAUACUACAUCCCAGUGUCUGUUAUUUAUUUGUGAUUGUCUGUAUACUACAAAAAUAAAGCAUGUGGGACACUUGUCUUUUUUAAAGUCAGCUUUAUGUGAAUUAUAAUUUGAAUAGGUAAACGUAAUAGUAUAUAGAGCAUAUAACUAGUUGAAUAGACUGGCCUGUUGGAUAACUUUUUAAGAAUGUCGAAUGUACAAUCCUAGGCCUACAUGUUCUUUACAUUACAGAUAGCUCGUAUGAACGUUAGUUUGACAACGUAUCUAACUAGCCCAUAGCACGAAAGACUAUCAACACGUGGAAGACCACAACAAGUAUCACUAAACAGCUGACAAGUUAUAUCGGCAAAGCACAAAUAGGUCGACUAAUUUUACCCGCUCUCGGCAGAAAGCACAUAAAUGAGGGUUACCAAGUUAAAGUAGGCAAACACGUGUGACAACAACUAUGAGAGUGUCUCAGACAAAGGUAACAUCUGCCAAUCUUACCUUGAUCCGUCACUGAAAAGUGUACAUCGUGAUUUCCCGUGGCUGAGAGUCACAAUAAGCACAACGUUAUCCCG